CGAGAAAGCAUGUCGCGAGCAUCGGUCCCCUCGAAGUGACUGCAACUGCGCCUCAGAAACAAGAGCACCUGUCAGCGUCUCGUUAUCCCCGCUCAGUAAAUUUGGUUCUCUGAAGGUAUCGGGCGUUUCUGUCAACACGGACAGGCAAAGGGAACAGUGUCAUAAGGUGAAUACUGAAGAAGAAAGUUUUGUGACGGUACAAGACACCAGCGAAAGAAGGAUCGACAUAAGUGUCACCGUUCAAGAAACAACUUCAGACAUGGUGGACACACAGACGCUUUCCUGGGCCACUGGAUUCAACCUGAGCUCUCUGGACCUGGAUGGGCUCGAUGACAGCUCACACUCUCUGGACAUGAAGCCAUUCUCUACUCUGGACUACGCAACAAUCGCGGCAUCUGAGUACACACCCAGCCCGUCCCAGAUUGAGGCAGCACACACAAUGGACCUGACACACAUGUACAGCUACAGAGCUCAGGAAAGCAGCUACAGACUCCAGGAGCUCCACUACAGAGGCCAAGACAAUUACAGGGUGCCAGAGAGCAGCUACAGGAAUCAGGACAGCAGCUACAGGACUCAGGAGAAUGGCUACAGAGUACAAGAAACCCAGAGUUCAAUUAAAGUUGAGCCAGAAUCCCCACCACAGUAUGCAGAAAACAGCAUGCCCAAAGUCCACGAAGACCCCUCCACCUCUGUGCUGAACAUCGAGUGUCGCGUGUGCGGAGACAAGGCCUCGGGCUUCCACUACGGAGUCCACGCCUGUGAAGGCUGCAAGGGAUUCUUCCGUCGUACCAUUCGGCUAAAGCUGGUCUAUGAUCACUGCGACCUGCACUGCCGCAUUCACAAGAAGAGCCGCAACAAAUGCCAGUACUGCCGUUUCCAGAAGUGCCUGAUGGUGGGCAUGUCGCACAAUGCCAUCCGGUUUGGCCGCAUGCCCCAGGCGGAGAAGGAGAAGCUCUUGGCGGAGUUCUCUGCUGACAUGGACCACAUGCACCCAGAGGCAGCCGACCUGAGGUCCCUGGCCAAGCAUCUCUACGAGUCUUAUCUAAAGAACUUCCCGCUGACCAAAGCCAAGGCCAGGGCUAUCCUCUCAGGGAAGACCAAUGAUAACGCACCCUUCGUCAUCCACGAUAUGAAAUCUCUGCUGGAGGGUCAGCAGUUCAUCAACUGCUGCCAUCUGCCCCAUCAGGGGCAGCAGCGGGAGAGCACGGGCGCCACACUAACGGAGCUUCAGCGGGAGGUGGAGCUGCGCUUCUUCCACAGCUGCCAGUCGCGCUCGGCUGAAGCGGUCAGCGAGGUCACCGAGUUCGCCAAGAGCAUCCCAGGCUUCAGCAUCCUUGACCUGAACGAUCAGGUGACGCUGCUGAAGUAUGGUGUCAUAGAGGUGCUCAGCAUCAUGAUGGCCCCGUUGAUGAACAAGGAUGGCACACUCAUCUCCUAUGGCCAGAUCUUCAUGACACGCGAGUUUCUCAAGAGCCUGCGAAAGCCCUUCAGUGACAUGAUGGAGCCCAAGUUCGAGUUCUCCGUCAAGUUCAACAUGCUGGAGCUUGACGACAGCGACAUGGCGCUCUUCCUCGCCGUCAUCAUCCUCAGUGGAGAUCGCCCAGGCCUACUGAAUGUGAAGCCCAUUGAAGAGCUGCAGGAGAAUGUGCUCCACUCUCUUGAGCUGCACCUCAAGACAAACCACCCUGACUCCCUGCACCUGUUUGCCAAAGUCCUGCAGAAGAUGACGGACCUCCGUCAACUUGUCACGCACCAUGUUCAGGUGAUCCAGCUGCUGAAGGAGUCAGAGGUCGACCUGUGUUUACAUCCGCUCCUGCAGGAGAUCAUGAGGGACUUGUACUAGCUCCCAGCUCCGUCAGGACAGCAGCCAUCACGCUUUGUUUCUGCUGUGGAGCUAAGAGUGGUGGUGUUCCCCUAUCCACUGUCACUCCCCUCUGUGACAGAACCAAGUCUUCACUGACAGUGAGAGAGCUUAGUUUCUGCUAUUUGGUAGUGACAUUGGAUAGUGCUGGAUAGAGAAUGUGGCUUUCUGUAUUUUACUGGGUUUUAAAAAAAAACACACAUUUUCAGUGUGAGCAAACCUGCCAGAACACCUAGAUGUAUGAAUUGAAAAUUUCAGUAUAGUGCAGUAUAGCUUAAUUCAUAUUAAUGAUUGCAGCCACUGAUGUGUAAAGUUUGUUAAACAGAGAUGGAGAGUUUUAAAAUAUAUUAAUGAAGAUGUGAUACUUUUGUUAAAGACCAAAUAAACUAAUAUGAUCUAAAUUUGUCUUAAUUUCUUUUCUGACAUGAACUGAUUGAAGUAACUCUGAGUAGGUAAAUGUAAACUGUGACAGUUUUGUACAUAAAUGAGUCUUUUUUGCAGUUUUCUUCAUUCUGAAUAUGGAAUCAUAUUUCAAAGCUUUACUUUUUUUUUUUAUUCUAAAAUACAAGAAAAGGUUUGUAAAUAUAGUAAAACACUGACAGCCUCUGUGGGGUUUGUCAUACCUGCUUAGCAUUGGAAAUUUUUGGUAAUGUAUGAUGUGUAAAUAAAUAUUUUCAAUAUAUGA